AUGGGGGGUGGUAGCCUGAGGUGCAACAUCGCGGACCCAGUAACCAAGCCCGACCCUGACAGCAAAUCCGACCCAUGGACCACUGCGGCAGCACUUUUUGCGCAGUCGCCUCAUCUCGCGCAAUACGUCCACCACCUCAUAAUUGAGCUGCAGCCCGUAUUCAACUACAGACACGAGAUCCCCAAGGCGUCGCUGGCAUUUCUCACCCUCCUGGUUAACGUCCGCAUAUUCGAAAUCACGCCACAAUCCUACAUGUCAUGGUACCACGCUCCCAAGGCCGUUCCCGCGCCCAUCUUCGCCUUCCUCCGCAGUCGCAAAGACCGCCCACUCGACAAGGUGUCCGUCACGAAGGUCGGGCACCUGCCGAUUGAGUGGGUCAUCCAGGCGCUCGAGUCCACCAAAAACCUUUACCUAUACUUCUGCUGUCUGAAAGAGUACGAUAUGGACCGUGGACGGCUGCGCACGCCCAUGACCAAAUUCCUCAAAUACAACCAUUCUGCUGGUGCAUCGCUUCCGCGGACGCUGUCGUUGCAUUUCAGUAGCAAUGUCGUCCAGCUGCUGUCCCAUACCAGCUUCAAGAAAUACCUCCCCUCCGUGCAUACUUUGACCAUGUCAGAGUACGGGCUGGAGUCGGACCUGGUGCCCACAAUUGCCUUUUUUGGCUUGCUUGCGCCGACGGUGAAGCAUCUGGUCAUUGAUACAAUGCGGGAGAUCAACACCUUCUCGAUGCCCUGCUCGUGGCCGGCGCUUAACACCCUCGAAGUGCAUCAAACAAAAGACGACCUCGAGAACGAAGGCGAGCAUCCAUGGAUCCUGACGCACGUGCUCAAUGAAAUCCUGUCUCCAACCCAUGCAUCGCCGGAACUCACGGAACUGACAAUCGUUCUCUCCCAUACGAUCGACGACAUGCCCGAGGGCUCAAUCGACCCGACUCGGAGCAAGCCUGUAGCAUGGGCGCUCAAUUCCACCCUCAUGGCGCUGUUCGACCGCAUAUGCGCAUCCCACUCGACGCUCAGGACUAUACGCUGGGUUACGGUGUUCUCGUUCACCUCCACAGGCUACGACGACGACGAUGUGUAUACCCCGUAUCCUGUCGAGGCGGCGCUGGCGCAGCAUUUGGCAUUCUGGGAGGCAUUGACGCGGGCGUUGCCGAAAGUAGCGGCAAGUGGUUGUUUAGUCUUCGAGGACAGGAAGCCUACAUUGUAA